AUGAGUGGCUGCUGCUGCACGUCACCCAUUAUGACAACGACAAGUCCCACGACUGGCAUCGGUGGGUACGGAUACUGCUACAAUGGAGAGCGAUCGCAGAUGAGGUGCUCAUCGCGGAUCGAGUGCUCCUCUGGACAGACUUGCAUUAAUGGCUUAUGUUGCAGAACCACAGGAGACGAGUGGCAAAAUGCCUGCGCUGGGCUGACGGCCAUCGCCAGUUGUACAAACGGCUCGUGUGGAUCUUUCUCAUGCACUUCGUCCAACUACUGCUGCGAAUGCCAAUUUGGUCGUACCAGCGGUUUGUGCAAAGAUGGAUGUGGUCCAGGGUUCACUUGCUCUAGCAACAACUACUGCUGUCCAUCAUGUCCCAGCGGAGAAGCUCCAUAUGGUUCGUGCUACAACGGUCAGUGUGCAUCCGGGUAUUCGUGUCGUUCGGGAAAUAUCUGCUGUUCUUAA